AAAUAACCUGCAAACGCGAAAAUCAAACCCAAGACGAGACAAACCCCAAAAAAAAAAAAAAGGAGUACACACAAAAAAAGACAAAGGGAAACAGCCACAAUCCACAAAAAGUGCCUUUCUGUAAUAUAUAACGUACUUAAGUAAUUAAAAUCUAGUUUCUGCGGACCUAGUUCUCUGGUAAGGAUGAAUAUUGGACAGGUAAAAAUCGCCGAGGACAGCGAUUUCGGCCUACUGAAGCAGCUCGUCGAUGACAACUCCAAUUGGAAACUAGAGUACAACAACAAAGAUGGUGCUACUAAGGUAUGGACGAAGAUGACGGUUAAUAGCAACUUCAAAAUGGUCAAGGUGCACACUGUCUUCCCGAACGUCUCUCCCAACACGAUGUUCGACGUUCUGCACGAUCCUGAGUACAGGAAGGAAUGGGACGAGCAUAUGAUCUCUUCGAUCGAGAUUGGCUACUUGAAUCCGAACAACGACAUCGGCUACUAUGCACUUUCCUGCCCUUCCCCAGUUAAGAAUCGAGACUUCGUCCUCCAACGAUCCUGGCUAGAUUUCGGCACGGAAAAACUAAUAUUUAACCAUUCCGUCGAUCAUAAGUCUUAUCCACCUAAAAAAGGAUACAUCAGGGGUGAUUCUCUACUGACUGGUUUUGUAAUUAGACCCUUGGAACGGGGUUGCUUCCUAGGCUACAUAACCCAGACAGAUCCUAAAGGCAAACUGCCUUCGUGGCUGAUCAACAAGCUUACCCAGAAGUUCGCCCCGAAGGUUGUGAAGAAGUUGGAGAAGGCUGCCGAAGGCUACGAGAUCUGGAAGCGGAGCCAGUGCAAUCCUCAGUACAAACCGUGGAUUUACCCAGAACAGACCCUCCUCUCCAAAAGGGUUUGUGUCUCAGAUGUACGCGACGCACGUACCCAAAACGCAUCCACCAGCAAAUUCUACCCUCUAUUUCUCUGCUCUGUUUCAGUGCGUGCCAAGUUACACCGCGUCGUGCCUUUCGCUGAAUCGCGAGGACGUGGACGAAUAACGAAAAUCCGGUUAAGGAACGAAGAAGUUGAAUCUUGAAGCUAAUCUGAAAGAAGAAGAAAAAAAAACACCAAAACUUAUAUUUAUUCAUAUAAAUAAUUUGUUGACGACUAGUUUUUAUUAUUAUUAUUAUCAUGUUUUAUACUUAUUGACUUUGACUAUACGAGGACGACAAAAAAAAGAUCUGUGAUUGAGCGCAAACUUAUUCUUAUACUUUACUGUAAGGAAAAACGUUACGUUCUUCAAUCGAGAACGAUGUUUACUUCUUCUAUUUUUUUUUCCGACUUAUAGGUGAGAAUUAUAUAUAUUAAGAGAAAAAAAAACGAGAUUGAACAGAGUUAUAUAA